CAAUCAUUUUGGAAUUUUUGAAAUUCACACAAGGAAAAAAAAGUGUAAAUUUGAAUUGAAACAACACUUUUACAAAGAAAUUGGAGAAAAAAAAUUUUGACAAAUAUAGAGUUACCAAUUGAUGAAGAAGAAGAUGAAAUUGAAGAAAUUGGAGCUUGAAGAAGACUGCCCACCCUCGACCACAGCCGUCGCCGGAGCUACUGCCGCCGCUGCCAUCGUCGAACGUCGGCCACCAUAGCAGCGGCCAAGCCGCUGCUUUAUUCCCGUCGAUGUUCCCCCCGUGUUGAUAGUGGUAGCCACUCCAAUUUAUAGAGCAAGCAUUCUUCCGUUGAUAUCUUCCCGUUGGCGAUUAAUUGUUGCGAAUUUUACGGAGGAACGUUGGAGCGUUGAAGAAAUUGGUUCGAUUCUCUCUGCGGUGAAGCGGUGAAGAAGAAGUCGCGUACUUCUCUUCUUUUCUCUUUCUUGUGCGAAUCAGGAAAUUACAAAAGUCAAAAGUGGACAAAGACAAUGGGACCGAGGUAGUAUAUACAGAGGACGGACUAAUAAAGAGUUGAGGUGGUACGUACGGUGCAGGCAACUGCAAGCUGCCACCGCGCACAUACGUACCCCCCGGGCCAGGCCAUUAAAGAGUUAAUUAAAACGAUCGACGGGCGGCGUACGCAGAAGAGAGAGAGCAGAAUUGGCAAAUGGCGGCGGCGGCGGAGGAUCAGUGGUAGUGGGGAAGGUGGUGGAGUGCGAUUACUUUGAGGGGAGUUGGGUUGAGGACCGGAUUGGCUAUCCUCUCUACAAUUCAUCCAUGUGCUCCUUCAUCGAGCAUGAAUUCAACUGCCUCAGAAAUGGCCGCCCCGACCACUCUUAUCUUGGCUAUAGAUGGCAGCCCCGUCACUGUUCCCUCACCAGAUUUAAUGGGCGAGAUUUCCUGGAGAAGUUUAGAGGGAAAAGCAUUAUGUUUGUGGGUGAUUCUUUGAGUCGAAAUCAAUGGCAGUCACUGACCUGCCUCCUCUACACUUCUCUAACACCACCUAUGUCCAGUUACAACCAAACCAGGGUUGGUGAUGUCUCCACAUUCACGUUCAAGGAGUACGAUGUGAAAGUGAUGUUGGACCGCACAGUUUAUUUGGUGGAUGUAGUGAGAGAAGAGAAGGGUAGAAUCUUGAAAUUGGACUCCAUUGAGGGAGGGAAGAUAUGGUCUGGAAUUGAUAUGCUCAUCUUCAACACAUGGCAUUGGUGGAACCGCAGAGGAAUUUCUCAGCCGUGGGAUUACAUAAAAGUUGGAGACCAUUAUUAUCGAGACAUGGAUCGCAUGGUUGCUUUUGAGAAGGCAUUGAACACAUGGGCCAAUUGGGUGGAUGAAAACAUCAAUCCUUCAAAAACAAUGGUUUUUUUCCAAGGAAUUUCCCCAUCGCAUUACAAUGGCACAGACUGGGAUGAAUCGGGCGCCAAUAGUUGCAUAGGGCAGAAAGAACCACUAAGUGGAUCCAAAUAUCCUGGGGCUUUGCCGCCUGCGUUAACAGUGCUGAAGAAGGUGCUAGGAAAAAUACAAAAGCCAGUUACAUUGCUUGAUGUUACAAACUUAUCGUUGCUGCGAAAAGAUGGCCACCCUUCAAUCUAUGGGUUAACUGGAAUGGAUUGUAGCCAUUGGUGUCUCGCUGGAGUUCCUGAUAUUUGGAAUGAAAUUCUAUACAACAUUAUUAUUUGAUAUUGUUUUUCUUAUAUGGAUGACAACAAAGAAUUGGAUUUGUC